UUCUUUUUUAUUCAAAUCUGAAAAUCAUAAUUAUGAAUAAAAUAUUGACCUAAAUAAUAACAAUUGGUGUUUUUUUUAUUUAAUUACGAUUUGACUUACACAAACAUUUCUCAAAGAAAAAAAAUAAGAAAUACUCAUGGUUACAGAGGAAAUUAAUGAAAAUUCAAUUGCAGAACCUUUACAUCAACCUGUACCUUUAGAUUUAUCUUAUCAUUCAUCAAUUUCAAAUGAAUCAAAUAUUUCUAAUCAAUUAUCAAUUUCAACAAUAACAACACCAUUUAUUAAUAAAUAUGAUAAAUCUACUAAUAUACAAUUAAGUAGUUUACAACAUACAUGUAUUAGUAUACCAAUUAAAACAUCACAAUUAAAUGAUAAAUUCAAUAAUCAAUUAUAUUUUCCACAAUCAUCUAUUAUAGAACAAGUGAAUACAUUAUAUAGAUCUAAUUUAGAAAAAUUACAAAUGUUUUAUACAUUGAAAAGAAGUCAAUUAAAAUCUAUGAAUGAUUUAUAUCAUUCACCAUUAAUAACUAUACCACCACCUGAACAAUUAUUAGCAUUAACAAUGUUACAUAAUCAUAGAUCUAUUAAAUUCACUCCAAUAAUCAACACGAGUAGUAAUAAUAAUAAUAUUUCAUUAUUACCAAGACAAUUAAAUCAAACUAUUAAAAACGACUUAGUUACUAAUUUAUCUUCAACUAUUCCAUCAUUAUAUGAUAAUCAAUUCAUCGACUUAAACAAUAAUAAUAAUAAUAAUAAUAAUCAAUAUUGUAAUUCAAUUCCAUUUGAAUUAAUAUCGAUUUAUUUAAAAAUGUUAGAAAAAUCAAAAAAAUUUAAUGAAAUUUACAAAAAUGAUAGUAGUAACUAUUCCUAUGAAACUAUUUAUAAAUGGUUAUUAUCAUUACGUAAGAAUAUUUAUACAACAAUCGAUAAAGAUUUAAAUAAUCCACCUUUGAAUUAUCCAAUUAAAACAAAACUUUCACAAACAGUAGUUCAUGUUGACAGUGAUAAUAAUAAUAAUAAUAAUAAUAAUAAUAAUAAUAAUACUAAUAAUAAUAACGGUAUUAAGAAUAUACCUAAGAAACAUAAAACAAUAACAAGUGUUUUAGAUGUAUUACCAUCAGAUAGUAUAGAAGUAGUACAAGGAUUAUUAUCAACAUGUGUAAAUCAUUUUACACCUAAACGUGAACGUUAUACAUGCCAUUUUUGUGGUAAACUAUUUCCUAGAUCAGCUAAUCUUACUAGACAUAUACGUACACAUACUGGUGAACAACCAUAUAAAUGUAUACAUUGUCCAAGAUCAUUUAGUAUUAGUUCUAAUUUACAACGUCAUAUACGUAAUAUACAUCAAAAAGAAAGACCAUUUCACUGUAAUGUUUGUUUAAAACGUUUUGGACAACGUGCCAAUUUGGAGAGGCAUGUUCGAAAUCAUUUAAUCAGUAAAUAUCAUCAUCAACAGCAGCAUCAAUACAUGCCAUUAUUAUCACCUACAUGGUCAUCAUCAUAAUCAUUCUUCAUCUUUUCAACAGUGAACACAAAUUUUUCCCUAGAAUAACGUGAUAUUAUAUCAAGUAAUUCAAAUAGAGUUUAUCCUAUUGCUGUCCAUCAAUAAGACAGACAUUUCUCUCUAUGUAUUCUUAUUUAAAGCCUUUAACAUUAGUGAUUUUAUAACUUUCUUCUCAAAUCAACCCUGAUAAAGAAUUUUGUUGAUCUUGUGUUCAUAUAUACACAUACAUAUAUGAUAUAGUUACUUGAUUUGAUGUAAUUUAUGUUUGUUUGUUUGUUGUUCACAUUGAUGACCAUGAUCUUAUGAUUGGUUUGAUCAAUCAAUUAUGUAUAUCUUGUCUUCUCUUCUUUUUCCGUUGUUGUUGUUGAAAAGUAGUAAUAAUUGGAUGAUGUACUCGCUUCCUUUAGUUAUCUUACAUAUAAUACACCCUGUGUAGUGUAUAUCGUCUGUUAUCUGUCAUAUUCAUGAAUCUAUACAUGCAAAUAUAUACACAUUUAUAUACAGUUUAAUACAUAUACAUAACAAUAACAAGAUAAGGAAAAGACUUCACAUUGUUGAUGAUAAGUUGUUUUUCUCUUUUUAGAUAAUCCUGUAGUUAUUAACAACUAACCAACCAAUCAAAUCAACAACAGCAAAGCAACGAACAAUCAAACAAAAGUAUCUCAUAUUUAUCACAUCCUUAAAUAAUAUGGAUACAUAAAUGACUACCGGAAAACAAAAUUUCUUCUUUCU